CUGCAAAGCCAAUACAGAAAAUCAUUUUACGGAAUUUGAUUCUCUGAGAGGAAGAAAGAAAAUAUACUCCUCAUUAUACACCGAGUUUGCUGAGGAAAGGUCGAUUUUUUUUUUAUCUUCUUAUGUGCUUUGAUGACUGAUUUUUUUUUCUGUCUCAUUUAAUUUUACAAGGAUUUAACGACUGUAUCGAAGGAGUAUUUUCGAAUGAUAUUUAACCGAACCUGUUGUACUAUUUGUUAAUUAUUACUACCAAUGGGAAAAUAUUCUGUUGCUCAAAAAUGAAGGAAAAUUCUGAUGCAGACCACAUUAAAGCGACUUAGUAACAUUCAUUAGAUAUCCCAAGAAUAUAUAUUAAUUUCACAAAUACCUGUUGGAAUAUGAACUUUUCGAGUGUUCUGGCAUUAAAUAGUACAAGCAGUAUGAUCGAUUAUAGGAACCUUUCCUCUUGGAAUAAUAGCUAUGAGGAGAUGACCACUUAUUUUCAAAAUGGAAGUUCAAACAAUCGGCCUGUGCCAAAGUGGUCUCCUCCGCCUUUAACUACAACCGGUUAUAUUGUGAUUCCCGUUUACAUCUUGAUAUUCUGUGUCGCCGUGGUUGGGAAUGUUCUUGUCAUUUUAACCUUGAUUCAGAACAAACGAAUGCGUACAGUUACCAAUGUCCUACUUCUGAAUUUGGCCAUAAGUGAUUUACUGUUGGCCGUAUUUUGCAUGCCAUUCACCGUUAUCCCCAUGCUAUUGAAAAACUUUAUUUUUGGCGAACCAGUUUGCAUAAUGAUCAGGUAUUUACAAGGGGUGUCUAUUGCGGUGAGCUGCUUCACGUUAGUUGCCUUGUCACUGGAGCGCUAUUUCGCCAUUUGUAGACCACUCAAGUCGCGAUCAUGGCAGACUCUCUCACACUCCUACAAAACAAUUAUUGUAUGUUGGAUCUUAGCUCUUGGUGUCAUAAUGCCAGUCCCUAUUUACAUAAAAUAUAGAGAGUACCCUCAACACGGUGCAGCUACUUGCCGGGAAGAAUGGCCAGACCAUGAUCAGGAGAUAGCAUACAGCAUAAUAUUGCCAAUCCUGCUGUUGGCGAUUCCGUUGAUCAUCAUGAGCCUUGCCUAUGGAAUGAUCAGCAUUACUCUAUGGUCAGGCAUCAAACUUGAUGAAAAGAGUGAAAAAGAGGUCAGGAAUGGAGCAGCCAAAACAGUUGAUGAGGAGACAUCUUCUUUUCUGCGGACAGACGAUACUUCCUCAUCAAAUGGUACCCCUAUAUUUGCCACCAAGAUAUUUAAAACCCGUGACACUUUGCGCCCCAAUGGGAAAUCGUGUCGAAUAAAGUUGGGUGGUGGUAUUCGGCAGACAAACGGAGAUAAAAGUAGGGCAUCGAAAAAGCGGGUUAUUAAGAUGUUAUUUGCCCUAGUCUUUGAGUUUUUCCUAUGUUUAACACCAUUUUACAUUAUUCAUACGUGGAUGAUAGUUCACCCACGUAGUGCCUAUAAACACCUUACUGCAGAAUUUGUUAUGUUCAUAAAUCUACUGGCAUAUGUGUCAACGUGUUGUAAUCCUGUGACGUAUUGUUUCAUGAACAGGAAUUUCAGGCAGGGGUUCGUGUCUGUUUUCCGAUGUAUUUACAAGAAGCGAAAGAAAAGCGAUACGUCAUUCUACGUCAAUGGCGGAUCCACCAUGUCAAGAACGCACUUGAGUCGAGUUCCUUCUUAUGACAAAAUGCAACAGGAAAUGGGCGACAUGUAAAACGUUAUUACACAGUGGGUGUUUAAAAAAAAACUUUUGAUUGAAGAGCAGUCGAUAUGGAUGAAAAAGAACAAAUAAAUACUUGAAUUUAUCUUGAGCUGAGGUAUAUCUUUUUCGAAAACGAAUUUCCUGUCCUGAAACCAUUCACAAGCAUUUCUUACUGAACAGCAUUUCAAGAAGUGUAUGAGUCAAGACCAUUAGCAUCAAUGUUAUAUAUAUAUACAUAUAAAACGUUUUCUGUUGUAACAUACAGGCAUUUUA